AUGCAGAUGGCUUCUACAAACAUUGGUGAAAGAAUGGGUUGCUCUCAGGAGCUCAGUGACUCCAAAUGUGGACCCGUCAUAGGUGGCCACCUGGGCAAUAGGUCCAUCCGUGACAUUUCCUGGCUACUAAAUAUUCUACGCUCAACUGUUAGUGGGAUUAUAACAAAGUGGAAGCAACUAGGAGCAGCAGCAACUCAGCCACCAAGUGGUAGGCCACGUCACAUGACAGAGCGGGGUCAGAAGUCACCAAUUAUCUGCAGAGUCAAUAGCUAAAGACCUCCAAACUUGGUUUCCAGUGAAGGGAACUCUUAAGGCGUCAGCAUACCAAGAUAUUUUGGACAAUUUCAUGUUCCCAACUUUGUGGGAAGAGGAUGGCCCAUUCUUGUUCCAACAUGACUACACACCAGUG